CCACUGUCGUUAACAAACAAAAAAAAAAAAGAAGCUGAUCUCAGAUUGCUUUGCGGCUUCAUAAUUUCAAGGACGGAGUCAGUGAGUCUCCGAUCGAGUCAGAGAUGGGAGGCAACGGCGAACUGAAGUAUGAGAUCUCACAGAACGCGUACAUCAAGCUCGUUCUCCACUCUCUGCGUCACAAAACGGCGGCGGUCAACGGAGUCCUCGUCGGUCGAAUCAGUCCCAAGGACGAAGGAGUCGUGGAGAUCUCCGAUUCCGUGCCCCUCUUCCACUCCAACCUAGCUCUCCUUCCUCCUCUCGAGAUCUCGCUCAUCAUGAUAGAGGAGCAUUACGUGGCUCAGGGUCUGAGUAUUGUUGGCUACUUUCAUGCCAACGAGAGGUUCGACGAUGUGGAGCUCUCUGGUGUGGCUAAGAACAUUGGUGAUCACAUCUCUCGCUACUUCCCUCAGGCGCCUAUUCUCUUGUUGAACAACAAAAAGCUUGAAGCCUUAUCAAAGGGUAAAGAUCGAAGCCCUGUGAUGCAGCUUUGUGUGAAAGAUGCUUCCAAGAACUGGAGAGUAGUUGGAACAGACGGAGGAAGCAAGCUACUCUUGAAAGAGCCAUCGGCCAAUGUAGUUUUGUCAGAUUACAUUUCAUCUGAGAAAUGGAAGGACGUCACAGAUUUUGAUGAUCAUCUUGAUGAUGUCACCAAGGACUGGCUAAACCCUGGACUUUUCAACUGAAGACGGGUAUGUGAUAUAGCUAAUUAGAGUUUUGCUUUCUUCAUCUUCACUCGAAAACAAAACAUUUCGCAGAGACCCUUGUUUACAGUUUCCCUUGAAUCUUUUUGUUCAAGUAUUAUCUUAAACCCUAGUUUUAUCAUUUUAAUGAUAUCUGUUGGGGCCUUUUCUAGUGAUUCAAUUUGUUUAAA